CAACACCUUCACUCUUCAUGCUUGAAGCCUUCAUUUCCCUAAAGCCCCUGAACGCCACGGAGCAGGUAGCUCCACCUGGCGGCGGCUCUCAGAACCGCAGCCAGGCGGAGCAACACAUCCUUCAUGACCGAGCCGAGCAGACCGGAGCGGGACAGAGAGGCGAGCCGAGACAGCCAACAGAUGUGAACCGGACUACGGGAGGAGAACACGCUGUAGUGAAACACGGAGAACCUGCGAGACUGCGAAUAUGUGGCAACCCGCGUCGGAGCGAUUGCAGCACUUUCAGACCAUGCUGAAGACCAAGCUGAAUGUGCUGACGCUGAGGAAGGAGCCGCUGCCCACGGUGAUCUUCCACGAGCCCGAGGCCAUCGAGCUGUGCUCCACCACGCCGCUAACAAAGGGCCGGACUCAUGCCGGGUACAAGGUGGCCUACCUGGGUAAGGUGACUAUCUCUGGGACUCAGUUCCUGUCCGGCUGCACAGAGUCAGCGGUGGUGGGUCUGGUGGAGCGUCACGGCCAGCAGCAGUGUAACUCUCUGCUGGAGAUCCGGCCCUUCCAGGUGCGUCUCCAUCACCUGGACGGGCACGGCGAGGCCUCGGUAACCAUGGACACCUACCAGGUGGCGCGGAUCGCCUACUGCACAGCGGACCACAGCGUCAGUCCCAACGUGUUCGCCUGGAUCUACCGGGAGAUCAACGACGACCUCACCUUCCAGAUGGACUGCCACGCCGUGGAGUGCGAGAGCAAGCUGGAGGCCAAGAAGCUGGCGCACUCGAUGAUGGAGGCUUUCCGCAAGACUUUCCACAGCAUGCGCAGCGACGGCCGCAUCCACAAGAGCGGCUCGUCGGACGACUUCGCUGAGGACUCUUCCUCCCCCGAAGACUCGACCCCGGACGACGGUUGAUCUAAAGCUCACCCAAUCUCCGGAUGCCCAUCCUCACAGAGUGGAAGGAUGGACAGAUUACCUUCUCUCUCCAUCUCCCCCCUACCGUUUCUUUCUCUUAUCAAUUUGGAACAAAAACAACCGACCCUGUGAACCAACACGCCCAGGAUAGUUACGUUUGGAAAGGGAAGGUGGAGGUACAGGAGUUACAAAAGACCUACAUUUACGUACAGGGAUAGCAAAGUGCUGCCACUUUGAGUAAACGGUCCUGGAAGACCAAAUGGAGGGCUUUUAAGGACCGCUGCAAGCACCCUCAAGAGAUUCACUCGACGUUUCCAUCCACAUUCUCAAACCACUGUUACUCUUGCACUCAGAGACUCUGUGUGUGGUUCUUAAGCUUUCUCACCUAGGAAACAACAACAACAAACUUUUAGUCCCUGUUCCUCCUUCCCCAGAUCUAUUGCUACUCUUGCCAUGUAGGGACCUCUGCAAAAAUAGGCGUGUGACCUAUUUCGAGGUCCCAACCCCAGAGUUUAAGAGACUAUUGGAGCACAUAAACUCUUUAAAUGUUUGAUCUCUGUUACAAUGCCUUCGACCUCGGUAAAAGCAAAUGAGGAUGUGAAAGAAAAGGAAAGCCCUUAAGCACUAUAACUAUCAUGGCACCAACCCCCAAAUUUCUCGCUGGCAUGGCUUUUAAUCACAGGUACGAUGGAGCCACAGCUUCUACCGCUGUCUCGAUUUAAUAGGUACUUAAAGAUCCAGAGUAUGGGUACAGCACCUUGAAGGAAAUCGGUGCUAGAGACAGUAUAUUUUAGAAGUCCUCAAAGGCCUGACUCCCUUAAUCAUCUUCUGUUUUGAGUAUACCAAAAGUCAGAUUAUGUGCCUCACUUUCCUCUCACAUUAGUUUGGUCUCUUACCCAGGUCCUUGUGUGUAUGUGUGUGUGCCAACCGAUUUUUCUGUGUGUAACUGCUUCUGUACUUAGUGUAUAUGAAUGUACACGUGAGUGCUUGCAUCUCUGUGUCUGGAAGAGAGAGAGGGGGUGGGAGGGAGGAUACGAAUGAUUACCUGGAAGACUUCUCAAGCAUCCAUUUUUGAUGCGUUUAAAAAAAAAUCAAGACAUGGUACUGUGACCGUUCGCCACGUUUUCUUACUUUUUAUCUCGUGUGAAAUGAGUCUGAAUGUGCCGGUCGCUAAACACACAGCCGUCCAAACGUAACGACUGAUGGCCUGUGCUGAAUGUACGACGAGUCCAACGUGCUGUGAGAGCCCCCCGCCGUCACCUCGGUGUCCCAUAAUGUCCUCAUGCUAUCACAGACACGCUGUACGGGACAGUAAGGGUCCCUCUGCUGCCCUGCGACGCAGCACCAGCGCGGGGCAGAAACCCACGAGAGCCCCUUCCUCUUCUUUUCUAACGGGACUGUUUUGGACGCUAUCAGAGGAAAAGGUGGCUCUGGUCCACACACACACGUAAAUAUACACACACAUACGAUUAUACAUAUACACACACAUUGUAAUUGAGUCUUGCUCGAUAAGCUUCUGUAAAUACAAAUGUAUCACUUUCCAAAUAUUACAGCAUAAAUGUCGAUAGCUAUUUUAAAUAAAUAAAAGCAAUUGUUGAGAAACCAUCAUACGAUACAGAAACAGUGUUAUAAAACCUACUGUGAAAUUCAAGUGGAGAGCCUGAUCGCGGUGGCUGUGUGUGUGUAAGUGUGUGUGUGAAGGUGAGGGGUGUGUAUGGACAGGCCAGAGAGGAGGGGGGGGGGGCGAAUGUUUAUAAAGCUGUAGAUUACUGUGUCAUGUCUGUCUGAGAGCUCAGACGCGCUUUAAAUGUUUGAAAAAUGUUACCUUAAGUGUUUUAUAUACAGUGUUUGCAAAGAUCAAGAAACAAUUGCAUAUAAAGUAUUUACCAAGAA